AUGUAUCAUUGUAAGGUAGUGGUGUUGCUUGUCUUAUUCGGGGUUACUGUAUACGGUGCAUGUUGCAACAAACAGUGUUGUUGUCCAUCGUGUAAUGGCCGAUGUAAUGAGCCGACUCCACCAACGAUCAUGUAAGUAGUAAACUUAUGAUUAUAUUUCAAAGUAAUUAUAUUAUGGCUACUGUAACACAAUAUUGGAGUAGAAAAAAGUAAUUUUACAACCUACCUUUGGUCAAAAAAUCUAAGAUUACUGUAAUUCUGAAGACGAUUUGAUCAAAAAUAUGUCUUAUGAACCUAACUUUCCCAUUACUUUCAGACCCUGCCAAUGUGAUGCCCCAAUCUGUACCAAAGCCAUAGUCCAGAUUCCGAUUCAAUUUAGAAUCCGCCCAGACACCAUCUAUGGAGCUCCUAUACCUAUACCAGGCGGAUUCUCACCAUACAAGAUACCACAAUACCCACAGCCACCUAUUCCAAUCCCAGACCAAUAUGCGGCACCACUUUUUCCUAUACCUAUUCCUGGUCCUAAUAGUACGCCAGCGCCUCCAAUUUGGCCUCCUUCUGAUCCUACUGGCUCUCCAUAUGUUCCACCUUAUCCUAUACCAGAUCCGACUUACAAACCGCCUACCUAUCCAUCUCCACCACCAUACAACCCUACCUUACCGUAUUACAAUCCAACGGCUCCACCGUAUCCUCCAUAUGAUCCUACAGCCCCACCAUACCCUCCAUAUGACCCAACUGCACCAUAUCUACCAUAUAACCCUACAGCUCCACCAUACUCCCCAUACAACCCUUCACCACCGGACACUCCAACUCUACCACCACUACCACCUAUACCUACCCUACCCACAGAGAUUCCUCCAGUUUACCCCACUCCUCAACCGUACGUCGACAGUACGCCCUACCCGAUCUACCCUCCAAAUGGCUCGUAUCCUAUACCUAUGCAAAACUCAUCGUAUGUCGUACCACCAUAUCCUGUUUAUCCACCAGCACCUGUCCUGAUUCCUUCUUGUGGAUGCUGCGACCAGGUGGGUUAAUAUCCGUUUUUCUCGUUGUAACUUAUUACUUUGUAAAUAAAAGUGAUUUUAAACUAAGGUAUGAACAUGAACAUUUAGUUUGACUAAAAAUUAAAUAUUAAAAUUAAAUUUGUAAUAUAUAAAUUUAGAUUUAAAAACAGAAAAAGCGAUUUGUUUCCAAGCGGAAUCGAACUUUUUUGGAUUUUCAAAGUUUUGAUUCACCAUAACUUUGUUAUGACAAAAGAUAAAACCAUGAAAUUUACAAUUUACAUACAUCUUUUCAUGCUGUAUUAAAAAUCUAAAACAUAUGUUACAAAAAUUUUAUAUUACGGGUUAAACUUAAAAAAUAUCUUAUUAUAGAGAUGCACAUGUGAUAAUAACUGUGACUGUUGCCCAAAAUGUGACGAUUGUGACAAUAUAUGUAAGUUAUCUUCCUUUCAAAUAACUUUAAAAAUAUCAAAUACAUCUCAAAAUAUCAUGCAUAUCUUACUUAAAUUACCUUUCUUUUCAGUCACGCCAUGGGGCAUCGUGAUAAUAGUAGUCAGCAUUAUCCUCAUCCUCCUUAUCAUCGCUCUCCUGAUCUUGGCUUGUAUGUUCUGUGUCAGAAUGUGUCGCAGACGAAGAGAAACCCACCCAGAACCUCAUCGUAUUCAAAUCUCAGGUCCAUAUCCAUCAGCCACCUAUGUGCCGUCCAGUAGACGUGCUGAACAUUCAGUUGAAUAUACUGCUCAAGAAGUACAUUAAUGUUUGUAUAUUGUGUUAUUGGGGUAGAGUAUUGUGUCAUACAGAUGUUUUAAAAAUAAAUUGCAUGAAUUUAUGAAAAUUUUAGUAUUUUUUCUUUUUUAAAAUUAAAUUUAAAACUUAUUUUUAAAAUUGAUGCAUAAAUAAUGGCGCGUUUUUACAUAUGAAGGUAUUUUGUUGUAAAAUACUACAUAGGCUUGAAAAUGGCAUUUAAACAAAAAAACUCUGUGGUUCAAAAAGAAUGGCGCGAUUUAUCAAAAAUAUAUAAUUGAUGCAUAAAUAAUGGCGCGUUUUAUAUAAAAGUAUUUUGCUCUCAAAAUUGACUAUGUAGGCUUAAAAAUGGCGUUUUAGACUUUUAAAAAUGAAAUUUCAAACAAACAAUGAUUCAAAAAGAAUAGCGCGUUAUAUAAAACAUCAAGUUGAAAACUACACCUUUCCUUUAUGUUAUGCAACUGACACACAUUCCAUUGUUACAUUACUUUCUUCCUUUGAUUCUAGCGUUAUUAUGAUUCAGAAUCCGUGGCCACUGCUUUGGCCUUCAGUUCGGACAAAAGCUUCAGCAACAUGUCCUGGUUUCGUAUUCGACUCCUUUUUAUUAUUUUUACCACAACACAAUGUUAUUACCUCAACAAAAGGUCCAUAUACCAGCAGAAUCAGAAUGGGCAGGGUAAAUUCAUUGAGCCGGGUUACUCACCGUACCAGCCGGCUGUCUAUCCGAUACCGCCAGUUCAGCCGGACUAUCCGGUUCAGCCGACCAAUCCGAGUGGAGUUUAUCCAGUUGUGCCGCCGGGUAAAGUGAGUAUUAUAUUGAUUAUAGUAAUAAAAGUUAUUUUAAGUAGUAAGAUAAGCUAUAGUAAACUUUUGUUUUAAGCAGUAGUAAGGAAGAUGCCUGACUUGCUCCGCUUUGUUUGACUUGAGGCUUUUUAUAUAGAAUGAUCAUGUAAAUACAAGGUCUUUAGCAAAGUACUAAAUCGCGUUUUGCAGUAAAUCUCGAUAACAAAAAUAUCAAAACAAUUAGUUUUGAAUUUCCCGCCAAAUUGGCAUUGUGUUUCCAACUUAUGAUUUGUCCUUUUUUUGACUUUGAAUCAGAUUUCUUUGGUAUACUAAUCGAAAACUUUUAAAUGGACUUACAUUUUUUAACUUGUAAGCUUGUUGUAUCUGCAACAUCAAAAAAGAGCUUGCAACACAAUGCCAAAUUUGCCAACUUUAAUGAAUACUAUUAGAGAGAAUUGAUAUACAGAUUUUGAGCUUUCUGUAUGGGGUAGACAGUUGAAAGGGGUAAUUCUCUUGUAAGUAUAUCAAUAUAUUAAGAUUCUUUUAGGAAUGUGAACAAUGCAUCGUUUCUUGGAAUGACCUGGUCGACUGGAUGAGUAUGUUCUUGUAAAAUAUAUUUGUGUAUUUUUAUGUUAUAGAUCACAGGACUAUUUUAUAGUAAAAUAUAGUCAUCAAACACAAAAUUACUCAUAAAACAUCUAAAGUAAUUAAAUUUUGUCAAUGUAAACAUGACUAAUCAUAUGCUACUCCUUUGUGUACAUAAAACUGUUUCUUUAUGAUUUUAAUCUAAAUUUGCUCAGUCAAAACAAUUUUUUUUAAAUUAAAGACAGAACGAUGAGGUCUUGAACCAUUCCAUUUUUUCAUCAAAAUUUCAAAAAAAAUUUUUAAAUAAAAAAAUUAAAAAUUUCAGAAGACGGAGGAGCUGUUGCCAUCCUGAUUGUGCUGAUUGUAAUCGGCUUACUCCUGUGCUUGAUCUGCUGUUUGGCCUGUGGUUUGGCCGGAGCGUUUGGGGCAACUCGAGUGAACGCGCAAGAGCCGCGAGACCGGAACAGUGAGCAGACGCCACCCAAAAAGUGA